GGGGGACUACGGCUCCCAGAAGCCCCCUCGGCGGGCGGGCGGGGACCGGCGCCGGGCCCCCGCCAACGGCUGUUUACCAGCCGCCCUGGUGCCCGUCCGCGCGCUGCCGCCGCGUCACGUGGAAUGGCCCCGUGCCGCGCGUAGCCGCGGGGUCUCUGCCGCGCCGCGGCAGCGGCGCAGGGCACCAUGAGCGCGCUGCGCCCGCGCUGGGCGCCUCUGGCGGCGCGGGUGGCGGGCGGGUGGCGGGCGGCCCUGUCGGCGGCGGGGCCUCGCCGCGGGCGCUCGGCGGAGCCCGGCGGCAGCAAGCCGCUGAAGGAGUGGACGCUGGUGGUGAGCCCGCGGGGGCGGCUGGCGGUGCGGCUGCCCUGCCAGGUGAGCGUGCGCCCGCUGGACCCGCAGCGCUACCCGGGCGCCGACCGCGUGCUCGUCACCGUCAGCGGCGUCGACCGCAGCCCCCACCGCGGCUGCGACCUGGACCACGUGCAGGUGCGGUACGACGAGGCGCUGAAGCAGAUGGCGAUCGUCUCCGAGAGCAUGGACAGCAAGGCGGCCGUGGACGUCCGGACGCCCCUCAAGUUCGAUUUGGAUAUCAAAACAUCAGGGACUGGCUGUGUGAAGAUUCAGAAAAUCGAAUGCGAUGACUGCAAAAUAGAAACUGAGAAGGGGACUAGUGUCUUACAGUCAAUAAAGAGUCAUAAAAUCAACAUACGGACAAAUGGAGGCAAAGUAAUUGGUCUUGGAACGCUCUGUGGAAAUACAGAUAUUCACGCUACAGAGAAGGGUAGUGUGAGUAUAGAGAAACUGCAGGGGACUUCCAUCAACAUAUCCACUGAAGACGGGCUGCUGAAAACUAAGUAUCUCUACGCAGAAUCUUCAUCGCUGUCUUCAGUAACUGGUGAUAUUCUACUAGGAAGUAUUCAUGGUAACACUACCCUACAGACCAAAACAGGGAGUAUCACAGUAGAUUCCUCAGAUGGAAGUCUGAAAGCUUCUACACAGCAUGGGGCAAUAGAUGUUUAUGUCAGUCACUUGAGAAAAGUCGAUCUGAAAUCCCAGAAAGGUUCUAUUACAGUCAAGGUACCUGCCUCUCUCAAAGCUUAUUUACAAUUGUCUGGGAGAAAAGUGGAUGUGAGCUCAGAGAUCCGGUUAGAAGAAGCACAGAGUGCCUCCAAAGAUGAUCAUGUAACUAUAAGUGGUCACAUGAAUCAGAGGAAUGAUGCAGACAAAUGGAUUAAGGCUGACACACAAAAUGGCAAAGUGUCUCUUAAAAGCCAAAGCUGGAUCCAGUCCGUCAAGCUGAAGAUUACUUAAAGGUGAAAUAAGGCCAAAGGUAUCAAAUCAAGGAAUCAUAAAGUAACACUUCUGUAAUAUUAUGGAACUUUGAUACCUAUUCUUAUCAUAAGAUAUAAACAAUUUUGAAAACGAGGGCUUUUAACCCAACAUUUACCAAUGACAAUGGCUGGUGCUUAAUGGGUGUACGGUACUGGUUUAUUUUUCGUACACUUUAGGAACAACAAGAUCUUACAUAUCUAGAAUUUGUAUAACUUGACCCACUUACCAAGCCAGUCUAAAAGCCAGUAACUUUCAAACAAAAGUUCAGAGCUAUUAUAAAAGAUUUUUAACAUGAUAUUUGAAAAUAUGAAAACUUACUUCCAAGGUGACAUGUUCUGCAAGCUAUUUUAUGUUUUUAAAUGAAAUGUCUCAUUACUGUGUGAGUUUUAUUGGUUUAUGCAAAAUGAUGAGAAUUUUCUUCAAACAAAUUAUUUAUAUAAUGGAUAGGAUAAAACCACUUGAGGAACUGUAAUUCUUAUUUAGUCGUCUUGUUUGGUAUUUGACCGCUAAGCAAUUUAUGCCUUAUGUAUGGGCACUGUAUGUAUGAAACUACAUACAUGAAAUUAUAGAACUUGUUCCAUGUCAUCACAGGCCUCUUAUUCCUGGGUAGAAACAAGAAGUCUAGCUGUGUGUACCUCUGUUCAUCUGCUAAGAAAAGCUUCUAAAAUAAACACUCAGAAGUGCAAUCAGUCUGGCUGAUUUCCGGGGAGAACAUUCCACCAACUGGACUUCAGAUAAGAGUCCUUCUGACAUAUGAACAUUUCCCUAAACUAAAAGCUACCAAAGAAUGGAAGUAUUGAGCUAAUAAAUGAGAACUAUAAUCUGUGUAUUUGCUACAUUUCCAGUGAUAUACUGUCAGCCUUGCAUGACAGGACUGUAAGCUCUUUGAGGCAGAAGAGCAGAGGAGGGAGGUGAGGAAGGUUUGUAUGCCCUGAACAAGAGACCAUGACUCGAGGUUUUUGUGUUACUGUAAUAUAAACAUGCAAUAAAGUAAAUUGAGCUUUUAAAAACUUUUCCAUUUAUAUAUUGUCCCUUAUAAUGCAAGUACUGAAAUUUGUGUUUUAAAUCUGAAAUGUAAUAAUUCCUGCCAACUGAGUGGAUGGAGAGAAACAAAGAAGAGUCCAUAGUGUCAGCUAAGGUUUUAAAUUGCAUGAAUGUUUGUAUAUACUGUAGAUCAUAAUGGUACAUCAUAAAAUGACCACCUCCUUCCCAGUGGAAAGUUUUAUUGCCCCUUGCUAAUGCACUGCAGUAUUUAAGGGCAGCAUUUUUACUUUAAUUCAAAUUGAUUAAAGACUAUAUUCUGUUCCCCAUUGCAUGUACUGUUUGGCACUGAUGUAUAUGGCAAAUUAUAUCUAUUUUUAUAUAAACACACUAAUAUAUAAAACAUUACUAUAUUAUUACUAAAAUCAGUAUAAUAUUACUAGUUAUUGCUAAUUAUGAUUAUACUACUGUUAAAAGAUGUAAAAUUAAUAAAUGUGUAAAAGUUUUAAA